GCGCUUGCGACGUGCGAUUCACCGGUGGCGGUUUUCGAAUGUCCGUGCAUCAAGUCCCGACUAAAUAAUCUGAUUUGCGUCGAUUAAACUAUCUGAUUGGCUGGAAACACGUGCAUACUCAACUAAGUGGUUGUGUUGGGAGUGUGGGGAAUAAAAUUUGUUUAAAUUAGAAGGAUUUCUCAGUUUCCCGGGCCCAGGUGUCACUGUAAACAAUCGCUUGAGAGGUUAGUGAAAAUGCCAAAGGUUUUGGAGGUUUGUGUUGAUAGUUUGGAGUCGGCAGUGGCCGCUCUGAAUGGGGGCGCUGAUCGCCUGGAAUUGUGCUGCUCGCUCAUAGAGGGCGGGCUCACUCCUACGCCCGGACUAUUGAUUCAAAUUCAAAAUAUGAACCCCAGAAAAGUACCGGUUUACUGUCUACUGCGAUGUCGGCCUGGCCACUUCGUCUACACCCCGGAGGAAAUCGAAAUAAUGAAGGAAGAUGCGAAAAUCCUACGUCGAAGUGGGGCCAACGGUUUCGUAUUUGGGGCGCUGGCCGAUAAUGGGGACGUCGACAUGAAGAUUUGCAGGGAAAUCAUCAAAAUCUGCCACCCCUUGCCACUGACCUUCCACCGGGCGUUCGAUUUCGUCAGAAGACCCACCAUCGAAGUGGAGGUUAUUAUCGACUUGGGCUUUGAGCGGAUCCUGACCAGCGGCAAGCAGCAAACAGCGCAAAUGGGAGUGAAACUGAUCCGAAAGUUGAUCGAACAGGCUGGAACGCGCAUCAGCUUAAUGCCGGGCGGUGGCAUCAAUAAGGACAACGUGCGGUUCAUUCUGGAAAACACCGAGGCCGAAGAGAUCCAUGGCUCUUUCAAGAAGCUGAAAGAGCAGAAGGGCGACAAGGCGGAUGAAGCUGAGGUGAAACUCUCGGAGGAAAAUGUCCCGGUUUUCGUCACAGAUGAAGAAUCCGUUGCUGAGAUCCUCAACAUUUUGAAGACUGUUGAUUUGUAAUUUUUCGAAAGUUUUUCCGAAUAUUUUAUUUUCCUGUCCAUUCACAUGCAGUUAAAUGUGGACAUAAUAUAUGUUUACUGUAAUUAAGUUA